AUGGGUCUCGUCUAUCCAGCUGGUGCUGCUACCGUGUCACUCCUGGUGAUCGGGGGAUAUAUGCUUUUUCACGGAGAUGGCGAACAAUUUAAUGUUGGUCAAUUUCUCGAAUCGGUAUCUCCAUAUGCUUGGGCAAACAUCGGUAUCGCAAUGUGCAUAGGUUUAUCAGUCGUUGGAGCAGCGUGGGGUAUCUUCCUUACAGGUUCAUCGAUUGUCGGCGGAGGUGUUAAGGCACCAAGAAUUCGGACGAAGAACUUGAUCUCCAUUAUCUUCUGCGAAGUAGUAGCUAUUUAUGGUGUCAUCAUGGCAAUCGUUUUCUCUUCGAAACUCAACCUCGUCGGCGAUGAUGAAAUCUUCUCGGGCAGCAACCAAUAUACCGGAUACGCACUCUUUUGGGGUGGUAUCACUGUGGGAAUGUGCAAUUUGAUCUGUGGUAUCUCUGUCGGUAUCAAUGGAAGCAGUGCAGCUCUAGCCGAUGCUGCUGAUGGAAGCCUGUUUGUGAAGAUCCUUGUUAUCGAGAUCUUCAGCUCCGUCCUUGGCUUAUUCGGCCUUAUUAUCGGGCUUCUGGUGACCCAGAAAGCUAACGAAUUCAAGUAA